GGAGAGGUGCUUGUAAAAGCUUGUUUUUGCAUUUUUCUCUAUUCGUCAUUCUUUAUCCAAUAUCCAUCCUUGAAAAAGCUUCAGCAUGUCGGCCUUUGUUGGAAAGUAUGCAGAUGAGCUGAUCAAGACUGCCAAGUACAUUGCCACACCAGGGAAGGGCAUUUUGGCUGCAGAUGAGAGCACAGGCACCAUUGGCAAGCGUUUAUCAAGCAUAAAUGUUGAGAAUAUCGAGUCCAACCGCCAAGCCCUGCGUGAACUCCUAUUCACAUCCGGCAAAGCCCUACCUUACCUCUCUGGUGUCAUCCUUUUUGAAGAAACCCUCUACCAAAAAACCUCUGAUGGGAAACCAUUUGUUGAGGUCCUCCAUGAAAACAAUGUCAUUCCUGGAAUCAAAGUUGACAAGGGUGUAGUUGAAUUAGCCGGGACUAACGGUGAAACUACAACCCAAGGUUUUGAUUCACUCGGGGCACGCUGCCAGCAAUACUACAAGGCCGGUGCGCGAUUCGCGAAGUGGCGUGCUGUCCUCAAGAUUGGCCCAACAGAGCCAUCUGAAUUGUCAAUCCAGCAGAAUGCACAAGGGUUGGCUCGUUACGCUAUUAUUUGUCAGGAGAAUGGUCUGGUGCCUAUUGUGGAGCCUGAGAUUUUGACUGAUGGAUCUCAUGACAUUAAGAAAUGUGCUGCUGUAACUGAGACUGUGCUUGCUGCUGUUUACAAGGCAUUGAAUGAUCACCAUGUUCUUCUCGAAGGUACACUCCUCAAGCCUAACAUGGUAACUCCAGGUUCUGAUAGCCCAAAGGUAACACCUGAGGUGAUUGCUGAAUUCACAGUGACCGCGCUACGCAGAACUGUUCCACCAGCUGUACCAGGAAUUGUGUUCUUGUCUGGCGGGCAAAGUGAGGAGGAAGCAACAUUGAACCUCGACGCCAUGAAUAAGCUUGAGGUGUUGAAACCAUGGACUCUAUCAUUCUCUUUCGGCCGAGCAUUGCAAAAAAGCACACUCAAAACAUGGGCUGGAAAGAAGGAGAACGUUGAGAAAGCUCAAGAGGUAUUCCUGCUUAGGUGCAAGGGGAAUUCAGAUGCAACUCUAGGCAAGUAUGCUGGAGGAGGUACUGGUGGGCUGGCUUCAGAGAGCUUGUUCGAGAAGGGUUACAAGUACUAGGCUUCUCCUUGUUCAUGGGGCUGGUGAUUUCAUGCAUGUAAUGUAUAAUUAACUUGUGUUCUCCCUCCUUAUAAUUAACUUGUGUCCUCCCUCCUUACAUUGCUAAUUAAUCAAUUGCUUUCGGUAUAUAUUUCUUAGAGAUAAAUUGUUAACGAAUACAAGGGUUGAAGGAUUU